GCUAUCAGUCAUCGAAUCCCUCCCAAACGAUUACGGUUCAAUGAUUUCUCGCUAAAGAAUUCCCGCCAAGCCCUUCCGAGUACCUCUUUCUUAACACGGAACUAGAAACCUGUUAAAUGUCGGUAGAGACUCUUAUGUUGGAUAUCGACUAUCUGUGCGACAGGAGGAAUUACGUCCAUCCCUAUCCCCAAUUCAGUCCACCUGUGAAACUAGCAACUUCAGAGGCAAGAUUGCCGUACCGUGCCAAUCUCCAACGCAUGAGCUCUUCCACGGCCAGGUUCUAGAAUGGAGACGACUGAAAAGACAAGAUGACAAAAGAAGAAUUGGAGGACGUUGAAGAAGGAGUGCUGGAGGAAGAACUAGAAGCGACUAAGCAAGCUGAGAAAGUUGAAGAAUGGAAAUCCUUCCGAAAUCAUGAGCACAGCUGAAACCAAGGCAUCGACCUCAUCGCAUCGCUAAACAGAACACGAUCGCGCUCAAGAACCAGUGGAUGACCCUACACUUCUCAAAUCGGGAGAUAACUUGAACACUAACAUUAUGUGAUGGAGAGCCUUGGCUAAUCCGAAUAAAAACACGCAGAAAACACCAUGAAACCAUUCAUGUCCUGUCUUAUUCUGGGCCUGGUCAUUGCCAUGGGCCCAGUCAAGGCCAAUGAAGGUGAUGUGACCUGUACAGUGAGUGAAUAUGUCAAAGUGGGCCUGGAGUUUGAUGCCUGCCAAGAGGUGGCCUUAUCGAAUCUCACGGACGAGCAAGAUCCGUGCCCAAUCCUCAAAUCAGUGGCCAAUGAGUGUGCCACAAAUGUGAAGCACUGCUUCACAACCAAAGGAUGGAUCCGAGGAAGAAAGCUGUUCUUCGACAGCUUGGCAUUGACCUAUCCCGAUAUGAAUAAUUGCGAAAUCAUCACGGACCUGGCCAAAGAUCACGACCUGGCUCAGAUCCAGGGUCGGAAGUGCUCUAUUGCCCAAGAAAUUGUGGUGGCUCAAGAAACAGCACGAUGCACAAACUUGAUUCAGAUGGACAUGGUAACCGAGAUGCAGAAGCCGGUCAACGAGACAGCCAAGACACAAUUUCAAGAUUUACUCUGCAAUGCACUUCAAAAGAUCAAAGACGAAUGCGUGGACCCCAAUUUGCGUUCCUGUUAUGAAGGUCAUGAUCUAAAAGCCCACACAGCCUACAUGGUUGAGACAUUGAAGGUCUCGGGCAACGUUAUUGCCAUCCAUCUGGCCCAAGAUACGACUGAUGUGCCGAGUUGCCCUGUAUUUUUCUCCGAGCCUUACUUGUAUGGAAAUGAUCAAAGCAGUGGUCUUGUUUUGACCCUGAUAUUGAUUAUGGCCGUGCUCGUUGCUGUGAUAGUUGUUGCUGCAGUAUUGUUGUCAAUCAAAAAGUUCCGAUUAAUUCAUCGAAUCCGAGCCUGGGUGGCCAAUAUACCCUACGAAGAUUUCGUCAAAGAGACAGCCCCUGAAACCCCAAUGGAAUCCCGUUCCGAUGACGGCCACGGACCCAAUCCUGGACCUCCAUCGCAAACAUCAGCAGCAUAAUCUCAAAACCUGUGACCACAGAUUAUUAACUAUUAAAAUAAAACACCUUGCAAGUUUUUCAUUGCAAACUCUUCA